GAUCGAUUGAAUUGAGCGGGGUUUACCAAAGUGACGGUGCUGAAGAGUACUGAUCAGUCUUAAUCAUGCUUCACUUAGAUUCUACCCUUUUUGAAGACGCUCCGCCCUCUUCUCAUGCUUCAACAGAAUACGAGACAGUGGAUGAUGAAGUUCAGAUUGACUUGGGAAAUUAUAUUUCGAACUACCAGGGAUACAUAUACUACCAACGCCUAUUUUUUAUUGCUCAGCGGUGCCCUUCUUUGCGUGUUGUAGCACUGCGUCUUGCACAUGAUUACAUCAAAAAGUCUACAUUGGACACCUCCGCAUACAAUAAAAUAUUUUUAAUGUUAGCCGAGCAGGCAAACUUUUCUGUAGCUGAUUCAUCAGCAUCCGGUGAGACAUCUAGGCAACAACAACAGUCGGCUUUCUCAAUGCGCCUUAUCACAAACAAUCACCUUUCAGAUGGUUUGUCUUUAUCUAGCCCAAGUGAAUUAGGAGUGCUGGGUUCCUCUCUAACGGAAGCUUCCAGAAAUAUUUUAACUGAAGUCAUGUCCGGAAAAAACGAAGCCAAUUUGGUUUACGACGCGAAAUGGGAAGAGUCUACAAGGCGAAAAGGUGUUAUGCUUUUGGAACAGUUAGAUACAGAAUUAAAAAAUCACAAGGCAAAUUCAAUCAAAGAAAGCAUACGUCGUGGUUCUGAUGAUCUUGGUGAUUUGUAUUUACAGUUAGGACAAUUGAGCAAUGCGAAUAAAUGUUUUGCUCGUUCCAGAGAUUAUUGUACAUCUCAACAACAAGAACUGACUAUGUGUUUAAAUGUUAUUAAGGUGGCUAUAUUUCAACGUGCUUGGUCUCAUGUUAGUGCACAUGUUACUCGAGCCAGCAGUUUAUCUGAACUACGUGAUACUGCCCCAUUACUAGGUGCAAAUGCAGCCGAAUUAAAUGCUCAACAACGAAGCCGUACUGAAGCCCUAGCUCGUUUGGGUACAACACGUACAACAACUGCCGGCAUAUCCGGUGAAUCUUCUACACGUGGCUCUUCUAGUUUAAUAGACCCUUCAAGCCGCAUUUCAUCUCGACACCCUGGUGAUAGUAUUGGAGGUCAUAUUCCUACAUCAGGUGGUCAAAGUUAUCGUGAUGCCUUAGCUCAAGCCCGAACUCAGCUAGCUAUUGCUGCUGGACUAGUUGAAUUAGCUUCUCGUAACUACAGAGGUGCUGCAAUGAAUUUCCUUCAAGUUAAUCAUGAUCAUUGUGAAUCACCUACUAGUCGGAUUGUAACUAUAUCAGAUUUAGCAUUUUUCAUUACAUUAUGCAGUUUGGCUACAUUUGAACGUACUGAAUUAGCAACAUUAGUUCUUGGGAAUGCAUCGUUGAGAUUACUUUUGGAAGCAGAACCUGCUUGUCGUGACAUGUUACAGUCGUUCCAUCAAGCAGAUUACGCAUCUUGUUUGGGGCGAUUAAAUAAACUACGAAAUAUUCUACGGUUAGAUAUAUUUUUGUCCGAUCAUGUAUCUGCAUUAUGUCGAGAGAUUCGAUCACGUGCACUUUGUCAGUAUUUCAGUCCGUAUUCAUCAGCCGAUUUAAAUUUGAUGGCUAAAGCAUUCGAUACAAAUGUAGCUAAUCUAGAAAAUGAAUUAGCAGUACUUAUCCAAGAUGGAAGUAUUAAGGCUCGUAUUGAUUCACAUAAACAGCUUCUUCGUGUUCUUGACGUGGAUCAGCGAUGUCUAACGUUUGCUCGAGCUGUACGACUUGUUGAUGAGUAUAAAAAUCGUACACAUUCACUGAUACUUCGAAUGGCAUUAGCACGUCAGAAGCUUACUGUUAAGUCGACCAGAGAUGAUAUUGAUCCAAUGUAUCAUUACAUGUCAUAAAAUAAUCAAUCUUUGGAUUAAUAAUAAUAACUGUUUAUAAAAUAAUCAUAGUAGUAUGGUAUUAUGAAGCUAUUCAAAUUUCUGUGAUGAGUCAAAACUGUCUGAGAACUUUGAAUUAAUGGAAGAGAACACACACCAACCUGCUUUUACAACAGAUUUACAGUAUCCUCCAUAUUCGAAAAAAAUUGUAGAAAUGCUGUCCUGUUUUUCGCACAUAGAACUGUUAAUUUACGCCUAAACACAAAUGCUUACUGCUUCUACCAUAAGUCAUCCUCUCUUACUUCAGUGACACGUGGCUAAUUCAUUUGUACUUAUUUUUCACGUUGAAUAUUUUUUAAAGCUAUCAACUUACCCCCUCCUGCCACAAUUCUGUUGGUCCCCAGUUUUCAUGUUCACAAACUAUCACAUGUACACAACUCCUGCACACCAAGUCGAAAUACUAUCCUCACUUAAAGGCUUAUAAUCGGUAUAGUAUUAUUUGUCGACAUUUCAUUUUUGGGUUUUAUUAUUGUAUAAAGUGUUGGUGGAAA